AUGAGUAAAAUUAUAAAUCAAAUAUUUGAUGAUUACAAUAAAUCAAAAAUACAAUUCACUCAAAGUAUCUCUGAUCUUUGCUUAAAAUCUUAUAAUAUUGAAAUAUUAAUAAAUACUGACAUAAUAAUUUUACUUCGUCCAUUAAUACUAGAUAAAGUUCCUACUGUUCAACAAAAUGCCACUUUUAUUUUAGCAAAAUUAGCUAAUUAUUCUGAAGAAGUAGCUUUAACAAUUUUGCAAAAUGAUAUUUUACCUCACUUAAUUUAUUGUUUAAAACAUGAUAAUAAAAAUUAUAGAAAAAAUUGCGCAUAUACUUUAAAAUGUUUAGCUAAACAUAAUUCAAAAUUGGCUAAUCUUGUUGCUGAAGAAAAUUGCAUUGAUUAUUUGAUGGACUGCUUAGAUGAAUAUGAUUUAAAAUUAAAAGAGUCUUGUAUUAAUGCAUUGUGUGCUAUUGUAAAAAAUGAUUUAGAGUUAUCAAACAAUGUAGUUAAUAAAGGGAUAAUUCCUUUGUUAAUUUUGUGUUUGCAAGAAAAAGAUAAUAAUUUAAUAAAAAGUAGCAUAAAUUUAUUAUCUGAAUUAAGUAAACAGUCAAAUGAAAUAGCUAAAAAUGUAGUUGACAAUAAUGCUUUACCUUAUUUAAUAAAAUUUUUAGACAAUAAUGAUAUUCAUAUAAAGAGAUACACUUGUAACUGUUUAUCUCAUAUAGCAAAACACAAAGAAGAGUUAACCGAAUUAAUGAUAGAAAAUGAUAUAUUUCCUAAGGUUCUUUACUUAUUAAAAGAUAAUGAUGAUAUUGUUAAAAAGAAUUGUGCUAAUUCUUUAAAAGAAAUGAGUAAACAUAAUGAAGAUAUAUGUAAAAUUAUUGUUCGUGCAGGAGCAUUACCUUUUUUAUGUGACUAUAUAGAACAGUCAAAAGAUAAUAUAAAAUUACCUGCAAUAUUAUGUCUUGGUUUUAUAUCUUCUUUUUCUGAAUCAUUAAGUUUAAAUAUUAUUUUGUCUAAUGUAAUUCCUAUUUUAAAAAAAUGUUUAAUCGAAGAAAGUGAAGACCAUAUAAAAUGUGCUUGUGUAUGGGCAUUGGGAAACAUUGGAAAACAUUCAUCAGAUCAUGCUAAGAAAAUUUGUGACGAAAAUAUUUUAAUUAUUUUUGUUAACUUAUACAAUUCUAAUGAUUCUUCAGAUGAUUUAAAAAAAAAAGUUAAAAUAUCAUUAAAAGGUAUUGCACAAAAAGUUACUAAUUUAGAAGCAUUAGAGCCCGUUUUUAUUAAAUCACCAAUUAAAUUAGCUAAAUAUUCCAUUUUUCAAUUUGCUAAAAUAUUACCUAAUAAUCCUUCAUACAAAAAAUCGUUUAUUAAAUCUGGAUGCUUACAACGUUUACAAGAAAUAAAAAGUUCUGAAGAAGCAAAGGAAUUUGAAUUGGAAAUAAAUAGUAUAAAUAAAUCUUUCCCCGAAGAUAUAAUAAACUAUUAUACACCUGGAUAUUCUGAAACCUUAAUUAAAAAAAUUGAUGAAGUUGAUAAAAAUUAA